AUGGACUGGGGCGCAGGUCGCGACGCUGCCCCCGUCGCUGACGUGACACAGGGAAACACAACGGGGUGCAGAGACCUGGAAGCAGAGCCCGAGGCCGUCCACUCAAAUGGAUACAGAAGAAGCGAACGAGAGGUAGACAACAAACAGACUGAAGUUACCGAAGAGCAGCAACCGGAAGCCGAGCUCCGGGACAGGGGAGUUUUAGACCACCACGAUGUUGAAAUUACCAAACACCACGAAUCUUGCGACCGAAGGGAGGUUUUCGAUGUCGACAACGGACACAUGCGAAAAUUCCCGACAGACCUACAGCGCGACGUGACGACAGAGGCAUGGAACAGCAGGGUCGACGAAAAAACUUCAGACGCAUGCAGGACCGGAGGGGAGGUUGACAAAUAUGAAGAAAGGGGAGAAGCUGCCGAGGUGACCGGAGACGACCACGGCGCCCCAGUCGGAGGCGAAUAUCCAGAUGACGUCGGACAGCUCGUCAUGGAAACGAAAGAGACAGCGGAGGUUGAUGAGGAAGGAUGUCGUGAACGAGAUCUGGGGGACUUGAUAGAGACUCCUGGCCCGAGAGUCAUGUCUCCGACGGCAUCGGGUGGGCAGCUGCCCAAGGGCGUGUCUCGGCUGCCAUCGAUGUUUUUUGAGGCGCACAGAAGACGAGAGAGUGAGGAUACGUGCUGUCCGGCCGUUUCCGAGGAAGCGGUUGACUUUUCCCAGUUCAAGGAAAAGGUCGCAAAUCCGACCUGCUCAGGACUGUUGUUCGAAAAUGUUUCUUCAGAUGCACCUGACUCGCCUCCGCCACCGACGUCUGCCUUCUGUUCUGUUCACCCUGCUUCUGCGUCUUUUCCACCUGCCCCUGGUUUCUCUUCUUGUUUCCCUUCGGUCCCCAUUGCUUCCUUUUCCGUCUCGCCCGUCCCGCCACUGGCCUUCCUCAAACCGGCACCUCCCUCGGCUUCUUUCGCGACUCCGUCAGUGUCGGAUCGACUCCACAGUAUUCCUCCUUCGUCUCCCCAGUGCGGCGGUUCUUCUCGCACUUGUUCUCCGCCCCUACCCUCGCCCGCGCUUCCUCCUCGAUCUCCUCCUCAAGUUUCUCCUCCGUCGAGUCCUUCUUCUCGAUCGUCAUCUCCUUCCAGUUCUGGGUGUUCCUCGCCUUCGCCGUGUUCUUCGCAGGGCUCUGUUCGGCCGCGGCGUCGAGAGUCGGGGCGGCGCUUGCGGUCGACGCACUCGGCCGACCGGAGCGGGACUCUGGCUCACGUGGAUCGCGCCCUCUGUCCGUUUCUGUCGGAGAACGAAGGAUCGCGGGUCACGACGGUUCUGCUGAAUUGUCUUUCGCUGUCGCAGUUCGAACUCGCGCGGGCGAUCUUGCACCAGCUGGUGGCCUCAAACCCGGUCCACGCGGUUGCUCUCACCGCCUCGCUUGUGCUUCACGGGCCGCCGCCCUCGUGGCUCUGCUCCCCAAGCGUCCCAAGCAGCGCCCACCUCGCCUGGCUGUGCGCCCAUGAACUCGUCGCCAUCUGCGAGCGGCUGCGUCGGACGCCGGCGCCUCGGACUGCGUCACUCACCCGAGACAGGGUUACAGCGGGGACAACGGCCAGGCCUUGCGGGGGUGAUGGGGUCCGUCAGACUCCCCGAUGGGCCUCAGGGAGCACUCCGCCUUCUCGGGCGUGUGGGGGAGCUUUGGAGGGAGUCGUCCGGAGGGGGAAAUGGAACCUCGCGAGCGAGUCAAGAAAUGGGGUACUGGCGUACCCGAAAGCAGAUUUGGUCUCACCAGGUCAGAAGUCGCGAGUUGCGGCCGAGUUCCCCAUCUCGCUCCUCUCGAUUUUCCCCGUAUGGCUCGUCCGAAGACUCCACUUUGACCUCCUUCUGGUCCAAGCCCUCCUGGAGAGCGCGGCGCACGGCGUGCAAAUCGUCUCUGCCGAGGUGGCGACGGAGCUGCGCAUGCUGCACGCUGUGCUUCUCGGCGUUCCUCUCGACGGCGAGAGCGACCCGCAAGGCCAGGUGAAGAAGGAGCUCUACGCAGAAAACGGACCGGAACCGGCCCCGGUGGAAAGGCGCGAAGGGCGAGUUGUGGGGCGGCUUCUCGGCGCAGGGGACCGGGACGGCGCGGACACAGAGGCGAGAAGAGAAGGAGACCAAGGAGAUCCGAGUCUGCCUGGUUCGGCUCCACUGCCAGGAAGUGAACCACGAGACCCGGGCAGGGCCAAGUACCCCAUGGGCGGGCUCCGGGCACCAAGUGCCGGGGUGACACGACGCCCCAGCACGCAAACCAGCUCGGCCGGUCAGGAGGCGUCAUCUGGAGCGCAUGCCAGUUCGACUCCGCCCUCGAGGCGGCCGUUUUCUUGUGAGUGUCCCGAAGCCGUUCACUUGCCAGCGUUGCUGCUUCUGCCUCUCCGGCGGAUCUUGCCCGCCUCGCUGUCGCGUCUCCCCGCCUGCGUGGUUUCGCGCAAAAGCCGCCUCGCCAGCUACUCCCAGGGCGUUCCGAUUCUCUCCCUUGAAGCCGUGAAGCAGCUAACUGCUCUCCUCAGGUCGCAGCCGGCGUCGGCCGCGGCGCUUUUUGCGGCAAUCGGGUACGCCCCAGCCUCAGGGUGGGGACUGGAGGUGAAGGAGGACCUGACGAGUCCCCAGAGACAGGGCGAAGGCGCAGAGGUCAUGAUGGCUUCCUCUCGCCAGUGCUCGACUUCGUCGGCUCAUUCUUCUGAGCCGGAGGCAGCCGGAACCGCCGCGGGCACCGUCGACGGCUCUCGGGAGCCAAUCGGAGAUCGACCCUUUGACAAGGAAUCACCUGACGUCUCGACCGCGUUUGUGUCGGCCUCAGGAGAAAAGCUGAUGAGGAAGGAGGAAGAACGCUUCUACACGCACCUCACCCGGAUAGCCGUGGCGAGUGUCCGGUGGGAGGAGCAAAAGGGUAGUGGCGCCGAGGGGUUUCGGGUCGACGUUUGUCACAUGCAGCGCCUGCUGCGAGGCCGCAUGUCCUCUCUCUCCGGGCAGGUGCCAGUCCUUUUGAAACCACUGUACAAUCCGCACGCGCUCUUCGGAAGCUUCGCCGACGUCCGUCUCUGGACCCCGGAUGCAUGCCCCGUCCUCGCCAUCGCCAGGUCUGCCUCCGCAGGCGCAGACACGGGGAGGCGUCGCCGUUCUCGCCCUUCCCAGGGAGAGCUAUGCUGGAGCGAGGAGACUAGUGAAGAUGAAUCCUGGGUGAUUGCGGAUAAGCCGGCGUCUCAACUGGCCUCUCCGCUUUGGAAGCCGAACACUGCCGAGGGCAGAAAAGAGGGAAGUCUUCCCGACCCUCGAGUUCCUGUCAGUCCUCGUAUCACAUUUUUCUUGGAUUUCGGAAAUGCAUCUUCAGGCGGGAUGCAGGCUUCGAGUCUCUUGCCUGGAGACGCACCUAAAACCCAGACAAUCGAUCUCCUCACCGCCGAAAUCCGCCUCCACGUGAUCAGAAGACUGCAUGCAGUGCACGUAGGUGUAGCCUCGGAGGCCCUUUUGCGUUGGCCGAGAAGGCGGGGCCGAGGCGCACGCGGCGGAUUCGGUCUGUGUCCAUUUCUACCUUUGCAGGUGCCUCACGCCUCCAGGUGGAGAAGCGGAGGUAGCGUCUUGACAGGCGACCCCUACUGCCACCUGGGCGCGCUUGACAUAUCCGCAGGCAUCCUGCCACUGCUCGCCUCCAUCGUGGGGCCCCAGCGCCAGCGUAGCUAUGCAGGGGCGCUCGCGAGGGCGCUGCUUGCCGUGCGCGAGGAAGCCCGAGGGUAUGGAGAGAGGUGGAGAGAGGGUGAGGGAGGCGACGAAAGUGAGAAAGAGAGGGAAGCCCCAGGACAGUCUGUCUCCGUCGCUCCUGCGGGGUUGUUGAGAGGCGAGAAGGUGAUGCAUGGGGCAGCCUUGUGUGAAGACAGUCCUCUCAUUGUCGACGUUGUCGACCAUCUUGGCCUGGUUCGCAACGAUCUCCUACACCAAAGCCUCCGAUCUCUCUUUCUUCUUAUCAGCCUGUUUGUCGCCCUCCACGACGACAGUGACAACGCCCCGCUUCUGCUUCCUUACCUUCGGCUCUUUCUCGCACAACUAGCUACGCUUCCGACCUCAUCCCCCGUCCGCUUAGUUGGUUCGCCGCAAGGCCCAACAAUGGGAGCGGCCUCAGGCGUGGCGGCGGCGGAUGGCGCACAGUCUGGCGCAUCCGAGUUUCCGUCUGCCUCGCCCGCUCAGGCCUCGCUUUCGGCGGGGUCAGCAACUUCCGUUUCGCCUUCUGUCACCCUUUCUUCAUGUCGAGGCUCGGGACAGGGACCCGUUCGCGGGAGGCUUCCCACGGCAGGGCCUUACGACGCGCACACCUUGGCUGCGGCGAGUUCCGACGAGAGCGGCACCUCCCCGUUUUUCUCGUCUUUUUUCAGCUCUUCUUGUCCGCAGUUUUCCUACGCCUCGACCUGUGACGCAAACGCACCUGUGGCGAACGACCCUCUUUUCAUCGAAGGAGGGUCGCUGAGCAAAUGCGUGUGGCUGGACCUCGAGGAGGCACGAGGAUGCAUAGAAGAGAUUUUCGAUGCGGCGAUGGUUCCGCUGCUCCGCGCUGCAGACGAAGAGCGACGUCUCCGAGAUUUCAGCUAUGCCUCUUCUCUUUCUCCUCGCGCUUCGACAGCCCCUGCCUCUGAAUUGCCUUCUGCCCUUCCUUCAGAGGCAACCACCAGCCUCGUCGGUUCGCCUCGCCAUGACGCAGAUGCUCCUCAUCCCUCGCAUGCCCUACACCCUGCACACGCGAUGCAUACAGGGCGUGCAAGCCAGAGCACCGGGGGCGACGAGGCUCGUUUUCAGUCGCGUUCUUCCAUGGCGUCCGCGUCUCUGGGUCUCCGGUCUCGAGCGUCUCAAAGCCAUCUUUACCUUUCGUAUGCGGUUCUUGGUCCAGGUGGGGAGGGGCGAGGCGUAUCUGGGGACGAGUGCUUGAGGGCAAGUAACUCGAGCAGGACCUUCAGGGGCCGGCGAGGCGGGCUGCAGGCGGCGGGGGAGACCACGAGGCCGCUCCUGUGCCUUUCGGGUGACGGGAGCCUCCCGGGAUCGCGCAUGCUCGGAGAGAGGAGCGACGACGGGACGGGCUCUGAGGACGCCACUCGGCAGAAGCAAGCGUCGGCAACAGCCUCGCGUUUCUUUUCCAAGUUUUUGAAUCAGUUGACAUCUUCCGGUGCGGGCCUCGUCCGAGAGCCUCAAGAGACGUCCUCGCCUUCGCUUCGCUGUGAGACCCAGCGCGUCGAAGGGCAAGAUCCAGACAGGGAAGAAGACCCACGGGUGCGGCAGUACGGCUUCACUCUGGGCGGGGGGGUAAGGACCGCCGAGAGGGGGCGACCUUGUCCGAGUCUCUCGGGCUCGAGUUUUGCCUCCGGCCGAACUGCGAGUCCGUCUUCCUUGCGGCUUUUCCGCCAGGAGAAACUGUACAUGCAUGCCGCGCUGAGGCCUCGGUCGUAUCGCAUGGCGCUUUCGCGGGGCGCAGAACGGAGCCAAGAUUUGCGGCAGACCUGGAGAGGGGGCAGGGAGGUUGAGGCUCGGCUUGCGCGCGAGAAGAGAGAAGAGAGUAGAAAGAAUGAUCGAGACGACGAUCCACAAGACGAUGCAGAGAGAGGCGCAUACGGUGCCAGGACAGUGGAAGGAGGAGUAGAUUCCAGAGGCAAACCUCCGGCGUUUCCAGUCAAAGUGGCGAACGGGGGAGAGAUGCUGGCUGGAGAGAGAAGUGGGAAUGACCGAGAAAUUCCGAGCUUUGUGGCUCUCCAAAGACCUCAUUCCGGAACGUUUGGUUUCGCGUCGAGUCGUACUCGCUUUGGGCGAUCCAGCCGGCCAGCAGCAGGGAGAGACGGGGCAUAUGACAGAGUUCGAAGCAGCGAGAGAGAUAGCGAGGAAGGCGACUCAUGGGAGAGGGGAGGAGAGACAGGACAGGUGAAGGCGCUUCACGGCCGGCAACAGGGAGCAGGAAACCAAACGAGAGAGUAUUUGUUGUCAAACCCCCGCCUCGGAGUGUACGGACAGUGUCCCUCGAGCGGUGUGCUCUCGCGCCUGCCGAUCUAUGAGGCGCUUCUCGCCCACGUUCCCGUGAUGAGUCCCCAGCCUCUGGUCUCGCCUCCACGUCUUACGCUCGAUCUUGCGCGACUGCUUUUUCACGACGCUAUGCCCUCCAGUUCGGAAACGCCUUCGGCUUCUGUCGAGCAUUCACGAGCGCCCUCCUCUCCCUCUCUCAUUGGAGAAAGUCUGUUGACCCUUCAGCUCUACGGGCACCUGGACGACCACUGGGUGCGGCUUAAGACGACCCAUUUGGCGUUGCCUCCAGCCUUCUAUUUGAUCACCUUCCCCUCUUCAUCUCCUUCCUUUUCCUCUGCGUCCCUGUCUUUUCCUCGUGCCUCGCCGCUCUUCCGCGAAGCCCAAAAGGACUAUUUUCGACAGCGACGGCGUACGUGCGGGCUGUCCAGCCCAGUCUCGUCGUCUUCGUCUCCUCCUGCUUCUGCUUUGGGAGACUCGCAUCGCGACAGGUCACUGCAUGUAGCUUCUGGAAGAGCCUCGGAGAACCUGGAUGCUGCCCCAUCGCCUGAUCGCGCUGCAGAAGCAGAGAAUCUGGCGUCUUGGCCGCCGGGAUCUGGAGGAGACCCUAAUGCCCGUUGUCUCUCGGGGGCGGCGCUCCGCAGUGCGCCCGAGGGACAGCCUCGCCCCUCGGCUCUGGCGCUUGGAGACAGAGGACAGAAGGCUCCUGGAGGCGAAGGCGCCAGACAGGAAGGCCCGACGAAAGCUGGAGGCUGCGAAUGGAAAAGAAACCUGACUUUCUUCGAUCUGAAACAAGCGUCAGCCGUUGCUGCGGAAGAGGAGGUGAUCUUCUCUCAACACUCGGGUGUCGCUCUGCCAGCCUUCUGGGACAGUUACUACACCUCGCUCCGCGUUACUCGCCAACAUUGUCUCGAGUUUCCUCUCAGAAAGGCCAUUCAGUUCGUUCUUGAUCGGAAGUUUGCGCUUGCGUCGCGGCUACUGACGCCCUUUCCCCAGCUCAGGCCUCUCGUGGUGCUGCUCGCCUGGGGCGCCUUCGCUGGACGCAUGCAUUUGCGGCAGCGCCUCCUAGACUGCGUCUGGCGCAAGGAAGAUCAGGAGCCAGAGCGCCUCGCUGCAUUUGUCUCUGCGGGAGAAAACGACUUCUUCCUGAACGCCGACAACGAAAGGAGUGCCCGCCCAGAGAAGCCCGGCUCGGCCGUCGGAUCUCCGAACUUCCGGUGUUCUGUUGAGAAAGGGAGAGAGGUGAAGCAAACAAAAGGAGCUGGGAAAGCAGAGGAGGAAGAUGACGAAGAUGAAGAAGGGAAGGAGAGUGUCUGGGAGGCGAGACCGCGGUGGAGGACGACAGACGGCGACGUCAGGGUGCGGGAGCAUUUGGAGGUCCUCGACUACAAGAUGAUGGCUAGCUGGUGGCUAGCUCAUGUGCUGCUCGCCUAUGGUGAGGGGUCUGUGUCUCAGAGUGCGUCGGGCUCGCGGGUGGCUUCUGGUGUUCCUUCCUCGGGGGCAGGCGUUUUCGCGAGCUUUGAUAGCCAGAAGUCUUCACGCUUCCGGCGGCUCUCGUCUCUCAAGGCGGCAUGCGCGGAAAAGUACUUGCGUAGCAUUGCAGAGCUGCCUCACGCGCCUUCUUCCAUCCCCGCGCGUCUUCUCGGCGAAGACGCUGCUCUCGCCUCGCGGCUGACGACGGGAUGGACUCUCAACAGCCUGCGCAGUGUCCCGGCGCGCGAGAGAGGAGACCCUGCAGCUUUGUCGUCUCUCGCUCCAGAUCACAGUGGAAGCGACGGUCAGCACAGAGAGGACGAAGGACGGGCCGAAGGCCUCCCUGAAGAGGUGUACACGAGGAGCGACAGCGGCGCCGAAGAAGCGAAUCGAGGAGCGACCGAAGCAGAGCGUGACGGGGGUGGAAGGCACACGUGGAGUGAGUCGAGGAAGCCAGGGCGUCGACAAGCGACAAGCACAGACGGACAAGAAGGCGACAGGGAGCUCCGUCUGCGUGCAGGGACGCCGGCAGCUAUCGAAGGCGACGAUGUGGAAGGGCGGCAUGGGAGAGAUGAAGAGGGGAGUCUCCACGUUUGUACCGCCGAGACGUAUCACGUGGAAAUCCAAGAAGGAGACAAACUGGAGUGUCUAGCUGCGGAAGUCUUCGACGAACUUCAGAGACACUCGAUUCUCUAUGUGCUUCGAGCGCGGCGAUGCCUUCCAAUGAUUUCGGCUGCGACCUUCUUCGCUGGGCUUCGUGCCUUACCGCCGACGGAGAGGCGCGCGACGACCCUCGAAAGGACGCACGACGCUGACUUAGCUUACCUCUACUUUGCGCUCCGCGAGGCGAUUCAUUUGGUUGAGUCCUGUUCGGACAACUCAGCUCGCGUCCUCUCUGCUCCUCCGCAUUCGCCGGUACCCGCGGACCUGGGGCUCGCCUUCAGUCGCCCGCCUCAUCAGGCCCCGGCGAACGGCCUGUGUGCUCGUGCGGAUCCGGCGUCGAGGCGACGAUCCUCCCGCUUCGUGCAUGCAGGGAAACGGGAGCAUCGGAGGAACGGUGGGGGUUUCGCCUACGAGGAGGCGAGAGCCAGGGAGUUCUCACGGAGAAGAAGCAGCGGGGACCGAAUUACUCUCCGGAGUCUCUCUCCCGGGCUUGCUGCCCUUCCGGACUCCGACGGCAGAGACAGCGACUACGGAAAGGAACAUAUGGGGGAGAAGAAACCUGUUUUGUCCCCUCGACCGGGAAGCAAGGAAGGACAGAAGAGUUGCGAAGACAGCCGCAGCAACGACCCGACGAGGAGCCGGAGCGCGUCGCCUCCGCAGCGCCCCACCCCACACGCCGACUCCUGCGGGCCUGAGGCAAGGCCCCGGCGUCCCGGCGCGCGCCGGAGACAGGAGACUCGUGCCGCGAAGCCGCCUAGCGAGCUCCUGCGAGGACCCACAGGGCGCUGGAUUUGGGGCCGCCUGGGGCUGCGUGAGGAGGCCGCCGGAGCGCGGUCCGCGUUCGUCUCAGUGCCGAAAUCGCUUCGACAAAGGAGGAGGACGCUCAAAGACAGCGUGCUUCUCCUCGACGACGUUGGAGCCUCAGACCGCUCACCCUUCCUGUCGCCGGCAGUAGAGCGCGGCACCUCCAGCGGAUCCCGGGGACUCGCGGCUCUGACCUCGCCUGGACCGUCGCCGACAGGCGCAACGGGGCCUGGGGGGAGUUCGCUCGCGUGCACGGGGAGCACCGGAUUAAUUGGAGGUUCUCACUCUGAGGGUGUGAAAAUGUCGCCAGACAGGGGCGGUGCCCCAGGCAUUCAUGCGUCAAAUGGCCAGCCUGCCAGUCUUCUCCAGUUUGCCCAGAAACGCCUGGAGGCCUGCCUCACGCGACUCAGCGACUUGAUUGGAUGCGUGCGAAGAAUCUCCUACCGCGUCGUUCUUCUUCUUCACCUCUGCAGUCUGUGCUUCACUGCAGCCACGCGAGGCGAGUUCGCAGACGGCUCAGAAUGCAAGGGUGGAGGAAGAAGAACCUGGGGAGGCUCCUGCGAGAAACAGUUCGUCGUCCCCCCGAACGUCCUCCUCUCUCUCGUCAUGCUGAUUCGGGCCCACCUGGAACGUCUGAGUGCGGAAGUCGGGGAGCAACACGGAGACACCAUUCGCAUCGGUGGAGACUCGAGAACUGUGCGGUCUCAUGGGAGACUCGGAGGCCGCGACUUCCUCCAGUCCUCGAACGAACACAAAAACGGGGUGCUGCUGUUCCUUCGAGCUCUGGAUCUUUUUACGCACGAGCUCCUGGUGCGAGGCCAGUUAUGCCUGCAGCAGUUUUUCGACGGGGCAGCGUUGUGCUCUGUCUCUCUGAACGACUUGCCAGCAAUUCCUGGUGCCUCUGAAACGAGAGACAGCGGUUCACGGCACUGUCAGCCGCUGACGUCUCGCGCCCUCGGCGCGACGCCGUUCCCCGUCUUUCUCCUCAACUGUGUCUCUUCUUGCCCUUCUUCCUCAGAGCGGUUCUCACCCCACCCGGUCUCCCCGCAGAGCAGGGCAGACGCCGGCCUUCGGGAGCGAGAGAGCAGAGGAGACAGUCCACUUUUCUCAGCUUCGUCUGCGUCUCUGCCCUUGCAGAGUUCCUCGCGUCAGCGGAAAGAUGAGGACGAAGGCAAGGGGGUUUCGCCUUCUGUCGUUUUGUGUCCUGACUGGCUGCUCUGGUGUCGCUGCAUCGGUGCGGUGGUGACGCUACCGUCGUCUGCGCUCCCACAACUGGCUUCCGGUGCAGACGCUUCUGUGUCCUUGCCGCGUCGGCUCUCGACUUCCUCCUGCGCAGGAGACGCCUCCAGUGAGGAGGACAGACAUGCGGCGAGUGAGGAGGAAGCGGCGCGCGGGGGGAGGGUAUCCAGGCGACGGGAGGCCGCAGCGGAGGCCCAGAGACGAGAGACGAGUGAGGCCAGAGAGCGAGGAGAAGCUUCGGGGCAACGAACACGACUGGGACGCAGGGGUACAAGAGGGGGAAGUCUCCCUAACCACAGCUUGGCCGACCUGAGUCCUGAACAACGAGAAAGAAGUUUUUGCUUAAUGGGGUCAAGAGAAAGAGUUCACUCAGGUACAUCGCUCUCAAGAUUGACAACCCCCUUUCUGUCGAGAGCGACGGGACAAGAGGAGACAAGACUCUCGCUGAAAGCAAAUCCUUUCAUCUUUCACCUCCUCUCCUCGCCGCCGCUCCUGGUUGCCAGGACUCUCCAACUCAACGAUUUCACCUUCUGCGAUCGUCUGAUGCGAUACUUCGACCUGCCGCCGAGCAUCAAAGCGGCAGUCGCUGUCGCACGCGCCUUUGCGCAACUGAGGACUGUUUUGGGUUCCGAGGCAGCACGGAAAAGCGUUGGCGAAAGUGCAAGAGAAAUUCAGACAGACAUUCGUGAGGCAGUAGACAGAACCGUUCGGAACAUGAGCAGAGCCCUCCAGACAACCUCAGAGCUGUCUCCUUCCACCCUGACUCAACCCCUGGACCUCGGCCAGCGCCUGUCUCCGUCGCCGUGGGCCUUUUACCCGAAUUCCCCUCCCUCUUUCGCGACUUGUAUGGGCGCCGAGUCCGGCGCGUCUGUCCCCUUUGCAGCGUCAACAGUCUCUUCGUUUUCACUUUCUCUCCACGACUUCUCCUUCCUGCUUCUCUCUCUGCGACCCCUGCUCCUUCCCCUCUACGCGUACGUCGACGCCGCGGUCUCCUGCGCCCUGUCGCCGCCUUCCUGUCUUCUUCUGCUGAGGAGUGCCCUCGAUGCCCUCGAGGCGGAGCCUGCUGAAGGCGAAGAAGGUCUGUGGAUCUCGCUGGGAUCCGCCGACAUCGAUGAGAAGCAGCGCCAAAGACGCGUCGAGGAGAGGCCUCGGUUGGAGCGUGUUCCACCGGCGUUGGCUGUUUUUUUUCGAACUUUUGUCGACAGACUGUCUGUGCUGUUGGAGGCGAGGAAUCAAACCCCGGCGUCUUGUCGGCCUCUGGCAGGUGUGCUGCUCGACGUCGAGGCGUUGCCGACAGAACCGGCACUCCUUCGCUCGCACCUGUAUUCUCUCCAGAAGCAGAAAACCGCCGUCGCCGCGCUCGUCGAGGCCCUACAGUUCAUCAAGGAGGAGACACAUGCCCUUCGUUCGCUUCACUCUGCCCGCCAGUUCCUCGGCACUGCUGUGAACAUCCUGAGUGCAGAGUCCGGUCCCGAGCGCCGCCCUCCACAGCGGGAAGGCGAGACGGCCGCGCGCGACGCGAAGCGAGGAAAGCUGCCAAGUGCCUCGUCAAAAAAGACAGACUCAGCUGGCCUAGAACCUGUCGCAAAUGGAGACGUCUCUCCGUCUUCUUCAUGUUCGUCGUCUUCUUUAUCUUCUUCGUCUCCCUCUUCACCUUCAGCUUCAUCUCCUGCGUCACCAUCAACUUCGUCUUCCUGUUCGUCUUCGUCUGCUUCGUCUUCGUCUGCUUCGUCUUCGUCUGCUUCGUCUUCGUCUGCUUCUUCGUCCUCCUCGUGUUUAGAUGACGGCGCUCGAGUCUCACAGGCUGCUGCUGGCUCAGCUGCCCAGAGAGGAGGAGGGCAUGCAGCGGCCACUAGUGAGGCGCGAGUGGAGCCUUUGGGGGCUGCAGGUUCCUCGGGAGCCGGAGGAGGUUUUUCGAGUCCUCCAGGAAUUGCGGACGUCUCUCCGACUCGGGGACGGGCGUCUGCCAAGUACCUUCUUCAUUUCCUCGAAUAUCUCAGUCGAAUUGUUCAGCUGACGGAAGCUGCGACUCAGAAGUUUCUGAGGAGGGCGACGAGACCCGCCAACACGGCUCUUCUCCCCGACGCCUGCCGAUGCUGUGGCCUCACAGACGGCUGCUUUUACAAAGCCUGGAAUCGCGCGCCGUCGGUCUCUCCCUGGGUCUGUCGCGUUCUUUCUACGCCUUCUCAUGGACCUUCAUCUAGAGCGGGGGCUUCGCCGCGUCGGCUGCUCCCUUCUGGAACUGCAUGCAGGGGGACACCCGAGAAAGAAUUCCUCUCGCUUUCGGACGAGACGCGUAGUUCGGAGUAUGACCUGUUCGAGGUUCUUUUCGACCAUCCAGAGUCGACCAUAGCGCGCGUCCUUUUCGAGUUGAGAGGCCGCAAGGAGGCUCAGCGUCUUGCCGCUCUCAUGGACGUCGAUCUCGUGAGUGUCUUGGUGCAGGGCGCGACUCCUCUCCAUCGUUUUUUCCUUCAGGGAUUUCUCUCCACUCCGAGCACCUGCUUGGAGGCAGCAAACGAUUUUUCUCCAGGUUCGUGGAACGGCGAAACGCCUCCGGAUUUGCCCUUGAGAUUGGAGGGUCGCGGGGAAGCAGAGCACGGUAACGGGUCUCCUCGAGUUCUGGCGGCUUCAGACACAGAGGCCAGCAGGCUUUCUGAGCCUUCGAGCGUCUCUCUGCCUUCCACGUCGGACCAGUCUCCGGCUCUCGCUCCCUCGUCGGGCCUGUCUCGGAGCCUGGCCACCCACACCACAGCUGGGAGGUCGCAUGCGUCGCGAUCCGCCCACUACGUCCUGUCGAUGCACACGACGCUCUUGCUGGCGGAGCUGGAGCAGCCUCUGAAAAACGCGAAGUCCGCGGACGUCUGUCUCCUCGCGGCUCUCGCCUGUCUCGAGAGACUCACCGAGCGCUGGCCCUCCAGAAGCUUCUACCAAGCCAGCUUGGAAAUCAUCGGAGAUACAGCUUUUCUUCCGCUCCGCCGGUGGAUCGAGGAACGCAUGCGGUACUGGGACGCGAUAUGCGACUCCGCCGCUGGCGCCAGAGACUUGAGGGAGACAGGGCGACAGGGAGACCUCCAAGGAGAAACGAACCGCACGCCGGGGAAACGGGAGACAGACGCAGAGAGCGAGGCGGCAGGGCGGCGGAGCGAAGAGGCCAAACACCGGGUGCCGAACGAAAACAGAGCACGCAGAGACACAGAGGAAUUCGAAACGCUCGGAUAUAUUGAAACUCAAGGAUGGUCACCUGAACAACUCCAAACGCUUCCUCCACAACUCAGGGGGCUUCUCCUCGCUGUGGCAGACGACCUGGAGGCAACCACCGAAGCAUGCGCGCGGCUUCAGGCGACGACCCUCAUGCGCCGCGGCCUCGUUCAGUCUGCCCUGCGGCUUGUUGACCAGACUCUUCCUGCAGGAGAUCCCCUCCAGAAACGCCUUCUCCGACAUCUGCUUCACAGUCACCUUCCCAGAUCACCAGCGCUUCCUUCUUUCCUUUCUUCUUCGUCUCGUUCUCAGUCCUCUUCGUCUCCGCCUGUGUUUUCUCCGGGCCUGCCUGUUUUGGGACACCAUGCUGGCCUGCCGAGUGCAGCCGCUUCCGUCUUCCAUCUGUGUGCAGAAAAGCAAGAAUCCGUUUCCUCGGGAGACACCCCCGAGAGGUUAGACGCGAAGGUUUCCAGAGGCGCUGGGAUGGAGGCACAGACGCAUGACGUCACUGUCUUCCACACCGGUGAGUCUCAAGACUAUCUGCCGUUGCCUGGCUGCAUCGUGAGGGAGGAGGACCCUGUCGCUGCGACAGAGUCUGCUCUGGCACUGUAUUUCUCCUGGGAGGUCCACACGGCUCAAGAAACUCUCACUUGUUGCUUGCACCGUUUGAGAGCCGAGGCAGAGACUCUGCCUGUGACAAGGAAGCGAAAGGGAGUUCGAAAGCCGGCGGCGACCAGCGACGAGCAUGACGCAACGCAGGAGGACUCGCGGGACACCGCCUCUGCAGACAACGAGAUGCACGAGGAAAGAAAGAGUUCGGAGGGUCUUUUCUCUCGCGAGGACAACCGCGACGACGUCGAUGGCAGGCGCGGCAGUGAGGGACAUGGGUGGGAACUGGAGUUUCCAAACGAGUCAGGAAGUCGACUCUCUGGAGGGACAUCUUGCACCGUGGACGACGGAGGAAGCCAGGCCUUCCACGGUAAUGCGCAUCUGGCCUCCCCGGAAGAAAACGUUGGCACUGAAAAUGGCAUCGACGGAAACUCCUCGUCUGCCGUAGGCUUUUCGCCGGUGACCGCUCGGCUUGAAGGGCAGGGCGAGGGAGAAUCCGCCGUGUAUGAAGACCGGAAGUUGACGAGUCGCCGAAGAAGAACCGAGCAACUGAUUUCGAAGGUGCAACAAGUUCUGCAGCAAAUCGACGCCUACCGACAGGCUGUCGAGGUCUGUGGAGACCAGUGGCGCGUCUGGCAGGACGUAGGAAAUAUGUGCCGAUCCCCUCAAGGAGUUGCAGAAGUCAUUCGUGUUCUUCUUCAGCACAACGGCCAUGGCCUCGCCCGUACCGUUGCAGAGCUGUUCACUCCCCUGGAUCCCUCGUUGUUGGCGUCGAUUCACUUGUCCUACCUACUGCACGUCUUCACCGAAUGCGACGACCAGACGACGGCGGUGAACACUCUCCUUUCACACCCUCCGAGGGAAGCCGUGGGGUUUGCAUUCAAGCUCCUCCGUUUCUCCAACAAGAUUUCAGAUCGUCUCCUUCUCUGCUCCGUUUUACUUUCUCACCUCGACCUGGGACUGACGGAGAAAGAACGCGAAGAGGCUCUCACGCUGACAGCCUCCCUCCAGCUUCUACAGGCCGUCUUAAGCCGCGUGGAGCCCCACCAUGAACGCGUGCUUCUCCAACCUCGGCUUAUAGUCGAGUCGCUCCUGAUGAACGCAAGAUGUGAUGUCCUCGUGCCCUUCUUCCAGUCGUGGCCGGACCUGCGGGACGAUGGCCUCAUCGUUACUUACGCCAGAAAGGCCCUGUGUCUCCACCCACCUGCCUGCCCGACCCCAGAGUCUCCUUGCUGCACGUCCGGUAUGGCGGGUGUGUCUCCGUUUUUCGCGCAGACUCGCGGGCUGGAAGUCGGAGACAACGUGGAAGAAGGAGAAAAGAAAAAGCUUGCGAGAGUCAUCUGGGAGCCAGAACGAGGGACCCUUCACAUGAGUAGCUCUGACAGAAAUGGAAAAAAAGGCUCUCGUGCGCGAGGAACCGAGUCAGAAGGCGAAGAGAUCCUGAGCGCUGCCGCGGCUCCGAGACGAAGCGCCAGUCUUUCUCAGGACUCUCAGACCUCUUUUGGGGAGACGGUCUCGGCGCCUGUGUCUCUCCUGCCGGGCAGCUCGAGGCCGUUGUCUCCUGCGAGUGUGUCCGCAGAUUCGAAGCUCGCUGAGAGCCCGGACCAACGGGGCAGAGACCUUCCGCCUUUCCGCUCUCCGGGGAUAGGUGGAAAGUGGAGUCUGACGGGAGACAGUUCGCGUGAUGAGGCGAUUCGCAGGGCCCACUCCUUCGGACCUGUCCCGUGUCUGGGGACUGCCCUUCAGUUGCUCGACCUCUGCAACGCCCACUCUGUCGUGAAUGCGGAAGCUUGUCUCCAGAUCUGUGAUGACCUGUCUCUUCGCCUCUACGCUUCUGUCCCCGUCCACCCUGUUGCAUCUCACCAGGUGCCUAUCGCGCACCUGCCUUCCGAUGCGGCGCCUCUGCGAGGACUCGCUCCGGACCUGCCUCAAGGUUCUCGCGGCGAAGGCAGAGGAGUCGAGACAGGAGGAAAACGCCCACUGUCACCCCACCUCUCGUCGCUGGGGGCGGCACCUACGCUCUCUUCUACGGGGCCUGAGCCGCAGGGCAGAGAGGGCGAGUGCGCGGAUUGGCAGUGCGAGAAAUAUGGUGGCGAAAAAGAAGAGGGGCGGCGAAACGGAAAUCGAGGAGAGCCCCGCGAGGGCCAGGAUCGAGGAAUUCAACGGAGUGUGGGGUCUGGAAUCGGUGGAUCCUCGCAGGGAGGCCAGGCGCGGGAAGAGAGCGGAGAACGGAGACAGGAGACGAACGGCGUCCCUCACUCACUGGUGGUCCCCACAGUGUGUAGAGAACCUUCUCCCGGCGAGGGCCUCGGCGUCGUGAAAUGUGGAGGGACGUCCAGUCCCACCCCUGCAUGUGGCGUCCCUGGAGACAGAUCGAACGUGACCCCCCAAGGAUAUUCGCAGCUCGCAUCGCCCGUUGCAGGCAAGCCGACAGGGUCGCAUUUUUUCUCGCCCUUCAACUGCUUCGGCGCCGUCAGUCCCUCGCGGUCAACUUUCAAAGAAGUCCAGUCCUACGCCCAGCGCUCCCGCACGGUGCGUUGCGUCUCCUUUCUCCCCGGGUGUCUCCUCCGGCCUACCGUGGACCUGCCGAACUUCCCCGGCUCCUCGCGUUCGAUGCCGCUCCCGGAAACCCCCAGAGGCCGCGAAGUCCCGACGGUGAAGCACCACUCCGGACCGACCCCACAGGGUCCCGUCGCCGUGGCGGCCCGUGCUGCGGGCGACGCUAAACGAAAUCGCAUCGUCUCGAGCAACCUCGGUUCGCACUUCUCUUCCGUUUCCUCUUUCCGCUCCGGAGGUGCGGGGGUCUCUCAGCUCGUCUCGCUGAUUCUCCGCCUUCUCCACUUUUGCCGCCUCAAAUUCGCCCAUGCAGUCCCCGCCGUCACGGCGCCGGUUCUCCUGGGCCAAGAACUUCUGCCCUUCCUCGUGCGCCUGCGCGAACGCACAGGCCGUGAAUUUUCGCUACUCAGUUUGAUGCUCCUCGACAAAGGCAAGCAUCUCCGAGACUCGCUGAUCCGAGCAGAUCAGCUCGGCCUCGCCAACGACCUCUGCCUCUGCUACGAGCGCGCGGCGACCUCUCUGAGGGACGCGGCCGUGGCGCAGGUCCUCGCCGCCCUACGGCUGCCGCGAAAGCGCACCGCCGCGGAGAGCGAUGCCGCAGAAACGGAGACAGGAGCCGCCUCGGACCGCCAGCGCCUGUCCACGCUGCAGGGCGAAGAUCUCGUGACGCGGUUUUCCGAAUCCGUCGGGUCGGCGCUCGCGGGAGCAGGUGAAGGGAUCCAAGAGAGAGGAAGGGAGAGGGCGCGAGGCGGAGAGAUACAGAACGAAUCCGGCGGUGUGGGUGCGAGCAGCAGUGAUGGCGCCACUCGGCUCUGCUCGUCGGUUGCAGUGGGGCGUUCUCGUGGCACGACUGGCCCCCGUCCUCCCGAUAAACCACAGCGCGGCUCGAUCGCGCGCCUCGAGUCCCCCCCUGCGCCCGCGGUCUCGUCUCGGUUGUCUCUCACGGCGGCGCACACGGGCAUCGGCCCCGAUUUCCCUUCGCCUGCGUCUGAGUCGUCACUCCUUUCCAGAUGCUUCGCAAACGCGACGAGCGUCUUGCGAGCCUACCCCAUCGGCGAGGUGCGCUCCGUGGCUCUGCUCUGCCUUGGAGACUACACGCGGGCCGCCGAGGAAAUGCAGGAGGCCCUCGCGACGAACCAGAUCCAACUGGACAUUCACCGCGAGCUCCAGUGGAUCCAGCAGUUCUCCACCUUCCUCAGUACGUGCGAUGCGGAUGCCCUCAGCGAACGCCUGAGCAGGCCAAUUUCCUUGGGCUUCCUCCCCAGCCUCCUGCCCCGUCCGUCGCCUACCGCGAACCUGAGAGCCUCCUCGCCGAGGUCCGCGUCGCCUGCGGGAUUCCUCGGGGGUUCUGGAGCUGGUGGCGCGGCCUCGCCUGGGGGCGAACCGAAGGCAGAGGGUGUCGAGAAAUUGGCAGGAGAGACGGGCGAUAAGACAUCCGGAGAUUCUAGAAAGCAACAGUUGUCUGAAGGAAAGCACGUGUCUUCCCGAGGGGCACCGCGAGUCCUGCCGGCACUGCCCUCGCGGGCCGGCACGAAGGACUUGGACUUGGGGCCAUUUGGCUCCGACGUCGCGAAGAUACAAACCAAGCGAGAAGAGGAAGAAGGCUUCCUGCUCUACCAGACCGCCUCGCGGGCAUGGCGUGCUCGGGCAACCCUUAGGAGGCCCUGCGUCUCCAAGUCGAACAGGAAAGCGACGGAGGCGGAGACACCGAAGAGCCGUGAGGGGCGUGUGGUUGGUGCUGUCCCGCCGUGUGUCUCUCGGGGCCUUCAGGACAGGGAACAUAACGCGGAAGUGAAUGCGAAGGCAGAAAGGCAGAAAGGAGACGUCUUCAUGGGGACAACAGAAAACCGUAAGACUCCUCGGAAAGGCCUUGAUAGCGAGUCGUUGAAGGGUCAUGGAACCUUGUUUUCGGCAACACAAACGCGCGAACGAGGUGCGUGGCAAGCCGUGAAAACAACAAGUUGGAUAAAUCAAUUGGCUGCGCUCAAACGCCGCUGGACGGAUGCUGAAGGCGUUUCUUUCAACCGGCUAUCCGCGCUCCUCGCCUGCGAACAGAACGCCCCAGACGAAGUAAACAGUUCCAUCCCCGAACGCCCUCAUGACCUGGCCACGGGUUCCCAAACAGAGGGUCGCAAUCCCACGGCUGCGGCCAAGAACGCCCCUCAGCCUCUGUCGACGUCUCCGUGUGUCUCUGUGUCUCCGAAGGUCGCUUCGACUCUCCCCACAGCGCCUUCGAACUCUGUUCUAGUGCCGCAAGACACGGGAGAGGUGAAGCGUCUGCGCUGUUCAGCUGGAGACCGCGUUCCACAGAACCGGAAGGAGCCUCGGUCGUCUUCGCGUUUUCCUUCUUCGGCUGUUGCUUCUUCUGGAAGCCUGCCGUCCGCGGGCGGCCCAGCAAAGGGACAUUUCGAGGCCCCCGGGUCAGGCCGCGGCCACGGGGGGACUGGAGCCCCAGAGGCACGCAAGCAGGUGCAGCUUUCGGCGCGGACUUUGGCUGCUCUCGAGGCCGGAAUCAAACACAGUCCUCUUUUUUCUCUCGCGACUCUCCAGGAGUUUUGCAGGCGUAUCUCCGCCGACCUUCUUCACCGUCGUCUCUACGGCUUGCCGCCACGCGUCCCAAGCCUCACAUCCCUUUCCUGCCUCGACUCGCUGUCUCCAACUGUCUCCGCUGAGUGGAACCCCUCGCGCGUACCGGAAGCGCCACCCCACACACAUGCAGGCUCCGGCCAAACACUCGAUCCGGACACCAGGGUGGCUCGUCCCGCAGUGUCGGCCGCGAAAGGAGGCUUCGAUCACUCUGACGAGAAACGAGGAAAGAGAUUCACCCCCCGAGACCAGCUGGGGUCUGCUGCGGCCCUAAGCGAGAAGAAGCGACAAGCACCCUCGCGCUUUGCGGGGCAUGCUGUCUCAGAGGGUGGCUGGCCUUCCUCUAGCAGGCUGCGGUUCGUAGAGCCGCACGGGGUAGCCUCAACUGCUCAGCUUCCUGUGUGGCGCCGCGUCUCUACCCAGUCCCUCCGGCUUCUCCUCCCGCCUGUGGCCGGGCCUUUCCUUCAGGCCUUUCCGACCCUCGCCCCUGUCUCCGCCACGGAGCCCAGGCGCCGAAGUCUCGAGGCACUCGCGCGCCUUCCCUCUGUGGCCCGAUUUGUCGUGCAAGAUUCCACACACGGCGUCUCCAUGAGGGAGAAGGCAGGUGUCCCUUCGUCUCCUGUUGUGGAGACACCUGCCUUGCCUUCGGAGCCGCCCGCACUGGGCGAGGAGACAGUCCCGAGCGUCUCCGCGCCGAUGCCUCACCUCACCAGGUGCCUGAGCCGGGAGGAGCCUCGCGUCGCCCUUGCUGCCGGUGUCUCCUCGUCUCCAGUGGAGCCCAGUGUCUCCGGGCUCCACGCUGGCGGAGACAGACCCGUAGCUUCGCCGCAACUCGCGGCCUGGGUCCCCCCUCAUGGCGACGCAGCCACACCGUCAGUCCCCUCCGUUUCGUCUUCGCAUGCAGAAGAAGUCCCUGAACUGCAGGACAAGGGAAGAGUGGAGGGCCCAGGCGGGGAGGUGUCAGAACGGGAAGGUGGAGAAGCAGUUUCACAGACCCCACCCGAGAGCAUCUCUGCCGAAGGCGCCUUUGAGGAAGCAUCUCGUUGGCGAGGCUUCGCCGAAGUGGCCGAGCCUGGUGCCAUUGCCUCAGGCGACGCGAAGAGGCCGGAGACUGGAGACCCCUCGCCGGAGUUGGAGCCCAAAGCCGGGGGUGUCUCCUCGGCGCCCGGGGCGGCUGCCGACAUCUGGGGAGACAUCAACACCCUGCCAGAAGUCGCUUCAAAGAUCCUGGCGACUUACCUCUUCAAGUGGAAUGCACAGGCCCUCGGGGGGCGCCCGCCGUCUCCUGCUCUGCUGGCUCUUCGUCACCAGGUCUCUGUGUUUGGGCGGACACGGCCGCGGGCGCGGGUCGGAGACAGUCUCCUUUCCGACAGCGGACUCGAUCGCCGGGCGGUGGGAGCGUUCCAGGAGACAUCCGCGGCGUUCCAGCGCCAUUUCGCGGGCACCCAUAGUGGAGUUGCCUCGUUGCCACAAUUUGAGAAACGAGAUCUCUGGGAGUGUGUGAGAGGCACCUCGAUGCUGCUAGAUCAAGAUCGAUGUCCUCCCUCCGGUCGCUCUCCGUGGGCGUCGAUGCCUCCUUCCGCCCCACAAGGAGACCGUUGGGAGCAUGCGGAGACCGGUGGCUCGCACAUGGGGUCCCUAACGUUCUGGCCUUCGAGCUUGUCGCUCACCCUCGACGUUGGGACAGAGGCGGCAGACGAGGAAGCGGUCUCUUCGGGCUUCACUUCCAGCGAGGCGCAGACAGAGGUUGAUCUGCUUUCUCGCGAGAGGAGCCGAGAGCGCAGACUUAUGGUCCGAGGUUGUUUUACGAUUGGAGAGAGGAUUCGAACGUUCUGUUCCUUCUCCAUCACUGAAUCGCUGCCUACGUGCGUCGAUAUCAUUAAGGGGCAGAACGGCGGAGAUUAUCGACUCCCGGUCCGAGGCAAGACGGAUUAUCCAGAAAUCAAAAGAAACCUCCUUUACUACCACGAGCGCUACGGCGCCCUGCGGUCUGUCGUUCACCUUCUUCUGGGGUGCGGCGACUAUCCUCGGGCUUUGCAGAGGCUUCUCGCGACUCCAGGCAUUUCUUCUUCCUCUUCUCCCUCUCUCUCACUUCCUUCUGCUACACUCUCUGGACGAAGCUGCAUGCAGCCGCGCCCUGUGAAGACGAAGUCUGCCCCGCGCUCUUCAAUGUCGCGAACGCCUUCUGGGGGCCUCCCCCCAUGCAGACCCGCAGGGCGAGGGAGCUCUCCUUCUUCGCUUCCCCUCGCGUCUACGGGAUCUCCAGUGUCUCUGCUGAAGGCCGUGUGCGACCGUGUGUUUGGCGCCGCAGCGCCUCUCGGUCUCCCAGCAGCAGGCAAGACUGCGAGUUGUUCAAUCACCUUCGGACCCCUCGCGGCCGCCGACAUGCUGAUCGCGAGUUUCGUCUCCAACUGCGUGGCUCUAGAGAAAUUGCCCCAAGUCGUGCGGCAUUUGGCCGUCUCUGGGAUGGGCGGAAACGGCGAGGCAUUCAUCAAGGCCGUCAAACUUUGCCUUCGCGAACGGCGGGCUCUUCACACGCUCUACGCCAUGCAUAUGCUAACGCACGACUUCCUGAACGCGGGACUUCUUUCAGUCCUUCUCUCGCUGGCAGCCAGUUCUGGGCGUUCCUCGCUCCUCUCUGUCUCCGCCGGGGGGUGGGGAUCUGCGCGCUGUUCGCGCUCUCCGCCGGAACCAGCGUCUGGCAGCUGGGGCGCUACAGCCCAGUCCGGUCGGAACUUGGAGACAGAGUCUUCGAGGCGCGAACCUGGAGACGCAGGCCUCGAAGCCGUCACGACAGCCGCGGGGCGUCCGCCGCCGUGCUGGGACCGACAAAUUGGUUUUUUAGAGGAAGGAAUCAAAUUGCUUGGAGGCGUCUUGGCAGACCUCAGGAGGCGGCGCAGAUCGCCAAAUUCGUCAUCUGCAGCUCGAGAUGCAUCCCGGUCCGGUCGCGCCAACCAACUCCGGGCAGCGCUUCAUCACGGCUCACAGGGGUCAACUGCUUCCUCUCUGCUCGUUCGCAAGGCCGCUCGACUCUCCUCAAGAGACACUCCUUCUCUUUCUUCCUCAGGAGUCCCUUCUGCCUUUUCUUCCUUUUCUUCUUCCUUUUCUGCGUCCCCUCCUGGACCUUCUUCUGCGGCGUCCGCCUCGUCUUUGCCGGCAUCUGGGGGAUCUCUCGCGCCGUUUGGAUCUGCGAGUUUGCCUGCCUCCGUCCCCGUUCGCGUAAUGUCUCCAUCGGCGGUGUCGGGGCGCGACGGCCCAGUCGCGCGCGCCGAGCGGCUCUGCGAGCCUGCAGAGGAGCCUUCAGAGCGGACCCCCCUGCAGGCCUCCCCGGGCGUCGUUCAAGGUUCGCGGCCGAGGAACUCUGAGAGCGAUGAAGCUGGCGCUUGUCACCAGGUCUCCCAGGAGCGCGAAAUCUCAGAGGAGUUCAGCAGACAGAUGGUCACGAAACACCGGGACCUCUCAGGUGGAAACGCGCUCCAUUGCGACGCUGUGGCGGGGGGUCCGAAGCUCCCGGGCAGCCAGCCUGCUGGGCGAGGAGACACUGGAGAGACAGAGGAGCGGACGCUCAGAGAGAAAACCGACUCGGGAGGAAAGAGCGAUAAACUGGAGCUGGCGGGCGCCGUCGCUUCUCAGUGCGAACUUCUGGACCUAUGCGAUCAAAGAGAUCUCUGCAUAGACGAGGUCGACGAAGAGGCCUUGGUCGUCCUGCUGGAGCUCCUCGCUCUGCAAUUGGAGUGUCUCCAAGCAUUCCCCUCGCUGCCGCCUUCACUGUCCCUCCUCACCCCGCAGCAGGAAGCGCGCGUGCGGCUGUGUGCCUGCCUUCUUUUCUAUGGAAAGUUCGACUGGGCCCUGCGGGCAAUCCGCCUCUGUCGCCUCAACCAAGUGGAGGUUUUCCUCCAAGCUGCGACUCUCAUUGCCAGCAAAACCAUCAAAAUCUCACGAACUCACGAGUUUCUCUCUCGCGUGACGCCUUACCUGAACGCGGACGACAUGGACAUGCUCGCUUCGAGUGUGUUGAAUGUUUGGGUCGUCGAGCACCGGGAAGACGCUGGGCAGUGCCAGCAAGGAGCGUUUUUGGUGUCUUUCAUUUCCUCUGCGUUCCGCCGUUUUGAGGCUCACCUUCUCCUCGCCUCUGUCGCCCCGUCAGCUCCCCAGAGAGAAGAGGCGUCCCUCACAUCCAGUGUCUUCUUCUCCGCAGAGCGCGACUCUCGGCCGAACAGCGCCGCGCACGCAGAACUGCAUGCAGCGAGUCUGGGCCCUGGGGGCUCUCGGAAACCGACGCCUUCGUUCCCGGCGUCUUCUCAGAAUCCAGGAGGCAGCGCAGAGAGAGCUGCUCGCGCUUUUGCUCCGUCCUUCUCUUGCGUCGGUGCUUCCUUUGCUCACCAGCAACUCCAGCAGUGCAUGCAACUUGCCGCGCGUCUGGAUGCGCCAGAACUCCUCGACGUCUGUCUCCUCACCGCCCAGAAACAGGGCGAGUCUCAGCUCGUCCAGCAAAUCCAAGGCCUUCUCAACCAGAAGCAGGCCAAGGCGAAAAACAAAUCUUGA